AUGAAAGAAUUAAGUUAAAUAAUAGAUAAGCAAAUCUCUUAAUUAAAUUUGUUUGGAAAAAUCAAAAAAAGAAAAAGAUAAUCAAAUAUAUAUAAAAUGAGUGGAAAUACAAAUAGCGAUUUUAAUAGAACUAACUAUCAACAUAAAGAAUAAAUUAUAAGAUGUGGUAUAUCUUCUCUUAAAUGCUUAGACGGUGAAGAUUUGAAUUAAGGUAAUAGAAGGAGACUCUAACAACUUUAACAAAGAGACUGGAUUGAAUAGUAGAUUAGAGAAAAAGAAGAGAGAAAACGUUAAGAAGAUGAAGAAAAAAAGGCUUUUGAAUAAUAAACAUUACAUAUAAAUAUGAUGAGAGGAGAUUUGGAAGAUAAUUUAAAUUAAAAAAGAAGAAACUGGGAAAAGAAUACCAAAGAAUUCAACAUUUAAUAAAGAAAUGAAAAGUUAGAUUAUGAAAGAUCCUCCCAUCUUGAUAAUUAAGCAUAAAAUUAGUAUCACAUUACAUAUUGUAACACAAAUAAUUUCCAAACAGAAAAUACUGGCACUUGUACAAGUGCAUUUGGUCCUCAUAGAGUUAUACCUUAUCACUGGAAAGGUAUGAAUCCUCAAUAAAAAAAGGAUAUUAUUCUUGAACAAGAUUAAUAACGUCAUGAAAGAGAAAUAUUGAAGAAUUUAGAGAGAGAUGAGGAUAAGGCCUUUUCUAACUAAACUGAACAUAAUAGAUUUAUGUUGAUCAACCUAGAAAGAUAAAAAAAUAGAUAACAUAGAUAAAGAAUGGAUGAAAUUAAAGAAUUUAACCUAUUAGCUGCUAAGGAAUAAAAAAUAAAACUUAAGCACAUGUAUGAUUGA